AUGCCACCAAGACACAUGCCUGAGAGUGAUGACAUUGUUAAGAAUAUAUUAAAUUACCUAACUGCCCAUGCAAGUAGUGCUCCAGAUAUCAUGGACAUAGCCAAGCACGAGUGCUUUGUGUAUGAUACCAAUUGCUUUCUGCAUCAUACAGUUGAAGUCUUCCGGUUAUUUAUUGCGUGGUAUACUUCAGAUACCCUUAUCCAUUUUAUCCCGAUCAAAGUUUUAGAUGAAUUGGGACACAUGGUCAAAGCCACACACGACCCGAAGUACACUGAACCGAAAGAGACUGAUAGUUGUCCUAACGAUUCCGGUCUAUGGACUAUGGAAAGCCUUGGCACCAGAGCAGAAAUGAUCCUUGAUUUUAUCUUUGAAAUACUUCAAAGUGAACCCCAAUCGAGGAAAAGAAACAUAUGGAUACUAGAUUCAUUCGGAAAAAUUUAUAAAUCUCCAGAUCCUUUAGAGUCCCUGGAUGAAAAUUUUUUAGUAUCUUCAGAUUCAAGCGACACCAUUAUCUUAACUAUCUGUACUAAACUCCGUGAGACGCUAGUUGAUUGUUUUAAAGAUCCAAGAUAUUCAAAAGUUACUCUUGUUACUGAUGAUAAAUUUUUUAGCAUGUUAGGAAAUAACACUGGUUUGAGCAUAAAAAGAGUUCACGAGAUUAUCCCAGAUGUUAUAUCAACUCUUAAUCACAUUCGGCCUUUUUAUUCAUUCCUCGCUUCUCCAAUCUAA